AUGAACAACUUUCUUAUUUCUGCCCCGUCCCCAGCAACGCCAGCAGACCCCGUCCGCCCCCUCCGACAAGGUUUCCUCGCUCUCGUCGCUUCCCCAAAAUCGAAACACAGCAUCACCGCUCCAGACCCCCUCGUCGCCUCGACCCGAACUUCAAACGCCCACUGCUGCUGCCCUCCAUCGGCCGUCUCGGCGCUCGAAACCUCCCAUAGCUCCGCACGCCGCCGUUCUGCUGCUCGCCGAUACUACCAGCUAUCACAGCAGAACCUCACUGAAGUAGACGACAUUUCGACGACCCAGCCUAACCGCGACAGCUUCCCACCUGCAUUCUCCCCUCAAGAUCGUGGCUCUUCCACAGCACACCCCGUCGUACGAGUUUCCAAGCGCACUCACGGCGCUAUCCUCUACGCCCUUGAGGAAGCUUUGCGCUAUCCCAAUCCCUUUACUCCAGACCUGGCUGAGGAAUCUGCGAACAUGGCUGAUCUGUUGGCCGCGAGCGGAGGCGCGAUACCCCAUGCUCACCGGGGAGCUGCGCCGCCUACCACCGGUGCUGUUCCACUGCGCCCAAGCGCUGCCCCCGUCCCAACUAGCUCGCCGUCCGGUAUUCGCGGACCCCGUAUGAUCAUGAUGGAGCGAGCGGCGAGAGAGGCGAGACGUGAAGCCGCAGAGAAGCAGCGACUUGAACAAGCCCGUGCGGAAGAAGAAGCACGCCAAUUGGAAGAAAUGCGUAGGCAGGGCACCGAGCACCAGUCAGCUCGCGUUGCUGAUGGACGAACCGCCAACAUUGCGCAACAACAAGCAGCCGAGGCUGCUGCCCAACGGCAAGCACAAUCAUCGCAAGAGCGAGCCCAGGCUCAUCAAAGGAUACCUAGCCACGCACUGCCGGUGCAAUCCCCUUCAGCGACCGCCGCGCCUCAGCCGCCGCCAUCACAAGCGUACCUUUCCCAGGGAUCUGCCGCGCAACAAAGGCGCGCAUCCGAGUCCCGGCCAGAACCAGCGCCUGCACCGGCAACUGACCCCGCCAAACCACGUAACUCCUUCCCCCACGCGUUUGAACGGUGGGAGACGCUAUCAGCGCAUUGGGAGGGCCUCACCAGCUACUGGAUCAGAAAACUCGAACAAAACAAGGACGAUGUCAACAGAGACCCUCUCAGCCAACAAUUAGCCCGCCAAGUCACCGACUUGUCUGCCGCUGGCGCCAAUCUAUUUCACGCCGUUGUCGAGCUACAGCGCCUUCGAGCCAGUUCUGAACGCAAAUUCCAGCGAUGGUUCUUCGAAACAAGGUCGGAGCUGGAGCGCGCUCAAGAAGUGAACGCACUACUCGAAAAGGCGCUUGAGAAGGAACGACGGGAACGGUCGGACGCCGUCCGUGAUGCAGUCGACCAACAGCGCGCCGUCGCGAAGAGCGAACCCAAAAUACAAGAAAUGAAAAAGGAGCUGGCCAUCUCAAAAGAGGAAGCACGCCGUGCCUGGGAAGAGCUUGGCCGUCGCGAGCAAGAGGAACGUGAUCGCACGCUUUCCCUGCAAUCUGGACAUCCGACCAUUGUGGGCGGUGUCCAGGUCGUUCCUAUGACGCAGAGUCAUUCUGCCCGACAGACGAGCUCCAGAGAUGCAGGAAAUUAUCAACCUGCCGACGUAAGCCGCACACCGACGGAACAUCGCUCGCCAGCCGCACCCGGCAGUACUGGCGGUUACUACGCACAGCCCGAAGGUUCUGGGACCGGGCAUCGGGGCGCACAAGUUGCGGCACCGCAAGACGAGAUUAAUUAUCACGAAAGCGAAUACGUACUUGACGCCCAAGGACAGCCGAUUCUCGAUGUGCACGGCAAGAAGAUUCCCACCUAUGUGCCACCAUCAACCUACUCGGGCUCAGAGCAGGAAGCAGAAGAGUACGAGACCCCCGCAACCACCAACCCACCGAGCGGCGGGCAUGAGACGCCGGCUUCUGGCGCGCCGAGCGGCGGCAGCCACAGCAGCAACAACAACAACGGUCAAUGGACAGGCGCUUACUCCAACCCACAGGACUACUCGGGCGAGGGCUACGGCACACCGGAGUGGGAGACGAUCCAACGACAAAAUCACCAUCACCCCUCACGACUGAGCAAGAUCGAUGAGGAGGACGAACGAAGCCGCGCGAGCACGAGCCAGAUUAGUCGAAUCUAG